CUCGUUCCCCCCAGGCCACUACUGCCAGUUCUACAAGUUCUACCACUGCUGGUUCUACAAGUUCUACCGCUGCUGGUUCUACUGGUUCUACCGCUGCUGGUUCUACUGUUGCUGGUUCCACAGGUUCUACUGCUCCGGUUCUACCACUGCUGGUUCUACAGGUUCUACUGCUGCUGGUUCCACAGGUUCUACCGCUGCUGGUUGUACAGGUUCUACUGCUGCUGGUUCUACAGGUUCUACCGCUGCUGGUUCUACUGUUGCUGGUUCCACAGGUUCUACUGCUGCGGUUCUACCACUGCUGGUUCUACCGCUGCUGGUUCUACUGCUGCUGGUUCCACAGGUUCUACCUCUGCUAGUUCUACAGGUUCUACUGCUGCUGGUUCUACCACUGCCGGUUCUACAGGUUCUACCGCUGCUGGUUCUACCACUGCUGGUUCUACAGGUUCUAUCGCUGCUGGUUCUACAGGUUCUACUGCUGCUGGUUCUACAGGUUCUACCGCUGCUGGUUCUACUGUUGCUGGUUCCACAGGUUCUACUGCUGCGGUUCUACCACUGCUGGUUCUACCGCUGCUGGUUCUACUGCUGCUGGUUCCACAGGUUCUACCUCUGCUAGUUCUACAGGUUCUACUGCUGCUGGUUCUACCACUGCCGGUUCUACAGGUUCUACCGCUGCUGGUUCUACCACUGCUGGUUCUACAGGUUCUACCGCUGCUGGUUCUACAGGUUCUACUGCUGCUGGUUCUACAGGUUCUACCGCUGCUGGUUCUACUGUUGCUGGUUCCACAGGUUCUACUGCUGCGGUUCUACCACUGCUGGUUCUACCGCUGCUGGUUCCACAGGUUCUACCGCUGCUGGUUCCACAGGUUCUACUGCUGCUGGUUCUACAGGUUCUACUGCUGGUGGUUCUACUGCUGCUGGUUCCACAGGUUCUACCGCUGCUGGUUCUACAGGUUCUACCGCUGCUGGUUCUACUGUUGCUGGUUCCACAGGAGGCGUUACUCGGUCACAUUUUCUCAUCAUGGCCGACUGGACCGACUGUCUGAACUUUGGCAUCUCCAUCGCUAAACAGGCUAGUGAGGUGGUUCUGUCAGCGUUUCAGCAGCACAAAGAGGUGAAGCUGAAAAGUUCUCCUGCGGAUCUGGUGACAGAAACGGAUCAGAGAGUCGAGAAGAUCCUCAUCUCCGCCAUCAGGAACCGCUACCCUCAGCACAGGUUCAUCGGGGAGGAGUCUGUGGCUGCAGGUGAACAUCUGGAGCUGACUGACAGUCCCACCUGGAUCAUCGACCCCAUCGAUGGCACGGUGAAUUUUGUCCACAGGUUUCCAUUUGUGGCCAUUUCCAUCGCCUUCACUGUCAACAGACAGACCCAGUUUGGGAUCGUGUACAGCUGUGUGGAGGACAAACUGUUCUACGCUCAGAGAGGAGGAGGAGCGUUCCUCAACGGAGAACCGCUGCACGCCUCCGGACAGCAAGACAUCAGCAGGUGUGUGGUGGUGACGGAG